CAGAGCUCAGCGUUUGAACAGAGACACACCGCAGAGGCUGUCUGGAUACCGCUUUAUUAUUAAACACGAGAGGAACCCGACUAUAUGAACAUGAGAACUUGAAACGUCUGGAUUUUUCUCUUUUGCUUUUUUUUCCUUUAUUUUUUUCCCCUCACUGCUGGAUAUUUUCCAUUUAAUGAACCAUUUUCGGAUUAAGAACCCGAUUGACCUUACAUCGCUGUAUACCUUCAGUUUUUUAUUUAUUUAUUUAUUUAUUUAUGGGAGGAAAAAAAUGUUGGAGAGGAAGCCAAGCCCCUUCUUUGGCAUCUGACACAGCUGGGUCGCGUCGAGAAGAUUGAGGAUUAACAUCUUUUUUUUUUUUUUCUUGAAGAAACCCCCCUUUCCCCGGGGUUGUUUGAACCCAAUUUAAAUCUAAUCGUCAAAAUGAGUGGAAUAUAAAUAAAGGCAUAUUUCGCUCAGAUUAGCCCUCAGCGUAUCUGCGUAAAAGCGCAUCAGGAGAUGAUGGAAAACGAGGUUUUCACUCCACUGAUGGAGCAGUUCAUGCUCACGCCUCUGGUCUGCUGGGUGAAGAGUGUUGGACAGUCUGCAGUAUCCGAUGGCAGCAAAUUAUCGGAAUAUAUGGAGCUGGUGGAUGGGAUUUACCUGAACGAGCUCAUGCUUGAGAUAAAUCCCAAAGCCACUGUGCAGAGGACCAACAAGAAAGUAAACAAUGACCCUACGCUGCGUAUUCAGAACCUUUCUAUUCUCAUCAGGCAGAUUAAAGCCUACUAUCAGGAGAGUCUCCAGCAGUUGGUGAUGAUGCCUUUACCAAACGUCCUGAUUCUGGGCCGAAACCCUCUGUCUGAACAAGGUCUGGAGGAGAUGAAGAAAAUGUUGCUGCUGCUUUUAGGAUGCGCUGUUCAGUGUGAGAAGAAAGAAGAGUUCAUUGAACGUAUCCAGACUCUGGAUUUUGACACCAAAGCUGCGAUAGCAUCCCACAUUCAAGAGGUGACUCAGAACCAGGAAAAUGUGGUGGACCUGCAGUGGUUGGAAACUGGGGAAAUGCCCCCCGAGGAUUUGGAUAGUCUGUCCCGAAAUCUGGCUUUCCACCUCAAACGCCUGGUGGAUGAAAGAGACACACAGCUGGAGACAAUCGUGGAGCUCACCCAGGAGAGGGACUGCGUACAGCUGUCUCCACUGGCUCCCUUUGCCACCCAGUCUCCUGGUGACUCUCCCAGUAUGAGAAGAACUGAAAGUCGCCAGCACCUCUCAGUAGAGUUGGCUGAUGCCAAGGCCAAAAUCAGACGCCUGCGUCAGGAACUGGAGGAAAAGAGCGAGCAGCUACUGGACACCAGGCAGGAGCUGGAGAACAUGGAGGUGGAGCUGAAGAGACUUCAGCAGGAGAGCUAUCAGCUGCUGUCAGAUGCUCGCUCAGCCCGGGCCUACCGCGAUGAGCUGGACGCGCUCCGAGAAAAAGCCAUACGUGUCGACAAACUGGAGAGCGAAGUCAGCCGAUAUAAGGAGAGACUACAUGACAUCGACUUCUAUAAGGCCAGAGUGGAGGAGCUAAAGGAGGACAACCAGAUUUUGCUGGAAACAAAGACAAUGCUGGAAGAGCAGCUGGACUCCACCAGGACCCGGUCUGACAAACUACAUCUUCUGGAAAAAGAAAACCUUCAGCUUAAGUCCAAGAUGCAUGAUCUGGAGAUGGAGCGGGAUCUUGACCGAAAGCGCAUGGAGGAGCUGUUGGAGGAGAACCUCGUGUUGGAGAUGGCCCAGAAACAGAGUAUGGACGAGUCCUUGCAUUUGGGCUGGGAACUGGAACAGUUAUCGAAGACUCCAGAGCUGGCGGAUGCCCAACCGAAGUCUUUGGGUGAGGAGGUGAACGAGCUGACCUCCAGUCGCCUGUUGAAGCUGGAAAAAGAAAACCAGGCUCUGCUGAAGACGGUGGAGGAACUCAAAGGAGCGGCCAGUCAGGAAACCAUAGCUAAACUGACCAAAGCCAACCAAGAAAACCAGAAACUCAACCAGAAAUUAGAACGACUGGAGAAUGAACUGACUGUGGACAGGGAGUCACUCCGUAGUGCCGAGUCACUAAGUACAGACCUGAUGAAGGAGAAGGCUUUGCUGGAGAAGACACUGGAGACACUGAGGGAAAACUCAGAGAGACAGAUGAAGGGUCUAGAACAGGAGAACAAGCACCUGAGCCAAACUAUAUCCACCCUGCGUCAGAGGUGUCAGGUUGGAGCAGAGGCCCGCGUGAAAGAUGUAGAGAAAGAGAACCGAGUUCUUCACGAGUCCAUCUGUGAGACGACGGCCAAACUAAAUAAGCUGGAAUUUGAAAGGAAGCAGCUACGUAAGGAGCUGGAAGUGAUGAAGGAGAAGGGUGAGAGAGCGGAAGAGUUGGAGAUUCGGCUACAGAAGCUGGAGAGAGAAAACGAAAGUCUGCAGAAGAAAGUUGCCACUCUUGGAAUUACCUGUGAAAGGGUGUCUUCUUUAGAGAAGGAUAACUCUGAGUUGGAGGCAGAGGGCCGUUCCCUAAAGAAGAAACUGGAUGCUUUAAAAAACAUGGCUUUCCAAUUGGAAGCGUUGGAAAAGGAGAACUCCCAGCUGGAACAGGAGAACCUGGAGCUUCGGCGCUCGGCUGAGAACCUCCGGUCAGCAGGUGCCAAGGCUGCUCAGCUGGAAGCGGAGAACAGGGAGCUGGAAAGCGAGAGAACCCAUCUGAAGCGCAGCUUUGAACUGCUUAAAGCCUCCUCUAAGAAGACGGAAAGAUUAGAGGUUAGCUACCAAGGUCUCGAUACGGAAAACCAGCGGUUGCAGAAAGCUUUAGAGAACAGCAGCAAGAAGAUCCAGCAGCUGGAGGCAGAGCUGCAGGAGGUGGAAACUGAGAAUCAAAGCCUUCAACGUAACCUGGAGGAGCUGAAGAUCUCCAGUAAAAGGCUGGAGCAGCUGGAGCAGGAGAAUAAAACUCUGGAACUAGAAAGCUCCCAACUGGAGAAGGAUAAGAAGCUUCUGGAGAAGGAGAACAAACGGUUGAGGCAGCAGGCUGAGAUCCGCGACUCCAAAUUGGAUGACAGCAACCAGCGGAUCGCCGCCCUGGAGAAAGAGAACCGCACGAUGGGCAAGGAGAUGAUCUUCUUCAGGGACUCGUGUACGAGAGUCAAAGACCUGGAGAAGGAGAACAAGGAGCUUGUUAAACAGGCCAGCAUAGAUAAAAAGACCUUACUGACACUCAGAGAGGAACUUGUGAGUGAGAAACUGCGGACUCAGCAGAUGAAUAAUGACCUGGAGAAGCUAACUCAUGAGCUGGAGAAGAUUGGGCUGAACAAAGAGAGACUUCUCCAUGACGAGAGCUCGGAUGACAGGUUUAAGCUUCUUGAAACCAAACUGGAGUCAACUUUGAAAUCAUCGUUGGAGAUUAAAGAGGAGAAAAUUGCUGCUUUAGAGGCGCGAUUGCAGGAAUCCUCCAACCUCAACCAGCAACUUCGCCAGGAGCUGAAAACGGUAAAGAAAAACUAUGAGGCACUUCGCCAGAGAGAGGAGGAAGAAAGGAUGGUCCACAGUUCACCUCCCAAAGGAGGCGAAAAUUCCCAGAGUGUCAAUAAGUGGGAAAAGGAAAGCCAUGAAGCCACCAGAGAACUUUUGAAAGUCAAAGACAGACUCAUUGAAGUUGAAAGAAAUAAUGCUACGCUGCAGGCUGAGAAGGUGGCCCUGAGAAGCCAACUCAAACAACUUGAGACCCAGAACUCCAACCUGCAGGCGCAGAUAGUUGCAGUGCAGAGACAGACAGCCUCCCUACAAGAGAACAACACAACCCUGCAGACACAGAACGCCAAACUGCAGGUGGAGAACUCUACUCUGAACUCCCAGAGUGCUGCCCUCAUGGCCCAGAAUGCCCAGCUGCAGAGCCAGCAGAGCAGUGUGGAGGGAGAACGAGAGGGAGCGCUGAAGGAGAAAGAGGAGCUGAGGGCGACGUAUGAGCUGCUGCUCCGAGAUCACGAGAAGCUUGCAGCGCUUCAUGAGAGGCAGGCGUCAGAGUAUGAAGCUCUAAUAGGGAAACAUGGUGGCCUGAAGACCUCACAUAAAAGCCUCGAACAAAAGCACAGAGACUUGGAGGACAAAUAUAAGCAGCUCUUGCAAAGAAAGGGGGAGUUGGAGGAGCUUGAGAAAAACCUGAAUGACCAACAGGAGAAGAUGGCACAGGAGAAUCAGAGCCACCAAGCCACAGCUGACCAGUGCAAACUGCUCAAAGAGGAAAACGACAGGCUGAACACUGCCUAUCGUCAGCUGAUGAAGGACAACGAGAACCUGCAGGUGGACCAUAAGAACAUAAAGAGCCAGCUGAACAGUGCAAAGCUGGAGCAGACCAAGCUAGAAGCUGAGUUCUCUAAACUGAAGGAGCAAUACCAGCAGUUGGACAUCACCUCCACAAAACUCACCAACCAGUGUGAGUUGUUGAGCCAACUAAAAGGAAACCUGGAGGAGGAGAACCGUCACCUGUUGGACCAGAUCCAGACACUGAUGCUGCAAAAUCGAACGCUUUUGGAGCAGACCAUGGAGAGCAAGGACCUGUUCCAUGUAGAGCAAAGACAAUACAUAGACAAGCUAAAUGAGCUGAGGAGACAGAAGGAAAAACUUGAAGAAAAAAUAAUGGAUCAGUACAAAUUCUACGAUCCUUCGCCUCCACGCAGGCGUGGUAACUGGAUCACUCUAAAGAUGAAGAAGCUGAUCAAGCCAAAGAGGGAGCGGAUGCGUUCUCUCACGCUGACUCCUUCUCGUUCGGAGCUCGGAGACGGUUUUUUUACGUUUCCUGCUGACAGCCAGGACAGCUCAUCCAUAGGCUCUGGUUCUAACUCGCUAGAUGACACGCUCACACAGAAGAGGAGCAGCAGAAGGAGAGGGCAGCAUCCCCAUGCCCAAAGUCAGGGUUCCUCCAAUGCUAUAAAAAGGUUACCUUUCAUGAGGAACAGAUCCAAGGACAAAGACAAAGCCAAGGCCAUCUACCGACGCUCGAUGUCCAUGAACGACUUGCUGGAGAAGAUGGCAGUGGCGGGUGUUUCUGCCUCACAGUGGACGGGCAGCACGGAGAACCUAGACGAACCUGAAGCAGGGGACUCUGGCAUGACGGGAAGCAGCAGGCGCAGCGGGCAGCGAAUGAAGGAGCUCGCCUUAUCCACCAAUGCUAUCGACUGCGCUGCACUAACGCUGCCAUCAGCUAGGCACGGCAGAGCUAAGCUCCGCCUCCAGGUCAAAGACAAUGCCUCAUGUGAGGAUGUUGCCGGUUCCUCAGAUGACCCCAAGAGUCAAGGCAUUGCUUUGUAUCGUCCUCUUGAGCUGAGGGCAAUGUGCAGAGUGCCCUGUAGCAUCUGUACCUCCAGACCCUCAAGUCUUCAUAGCAACAGGACCACAAGUAGCAAUAGUAACAAUAAUUCACACCUCACUUCUCCCCUGGAGGGCAAAGGCACCCUGAAUGGCUGCCUUAGCAGGCCUCAAAGUGAGAGCAGUGGGGAGUUCAGUCUGAGCCUGGACCAGGAGGUGUGGUCCAGCAGCGGCAGCAGCCCUGUCCAGCAGACCGCCGCCCUGCGUUCCUCCCACCAGAGCCCCCUGCAGCUGCGAAGGUCACUGGAACCUUCCAGCAGCUCGGCCAGCUCUAGCCAGGCUCCGAUCAGGAAGACGGGAUCCCCCAGUGAGGUUCUGUCCCUGCAGCAGUUCCUGGACGAGGGUAUCGAUCCUGCAGAGUCUGGCAGUCAGGAGAACCUCACUGUCGACUCUCCUCGCCUCUCCACUUCUUCUGAGCACGCUCAGAAAGAUCGCUCGUCUACUAAGGGCCGAGGCAUUUUACGCUCCAGCAGUGGCAAAGCGGCACCAGUCAGCACCGACCGGUCUCUGAAAUCCUCAGGACAACCCGGGCGCCCGAGCCUGAGGAAAGCUGAGAGCACCCGCGUCAAAGGCUCCGCCCCCAUUCGCUCCAGCCUCUCCUCCCAGGGGAAAGCCACGUCCGUCUGCGAACGCCUGGACUCUGCCUCCUCCACGCUUCCACGGGCCAGCAGCGUCAUCUCCACAGCUGAAGGUACCACAAGGCGCACCAGCAUCCACGACCUGCUGUCCAAAGACCACCGUCAGCCUGUGUCUGUUGAUGCUUCUCCUCACGUCCCCUCCCCCAAGGCUGGAGUACGCUCGCAGCCGAAACCCAGUGAGUACUACCCCAACAGCACCUCUUUGAAAGGACCCCUCUCCGCCACCUCCCCAAUGCCCAAAUCUGUCAGCUUACCCUGCAGCAGCUCAGAGGACCCCGACCUCGACAGCUUCGAGUCUUUCCUCGGCCCCUCCUUCACUGUAGAGUCAGUGUUCAUGGACUCCAUCUUUAGUGAGUCAGCAGAAAAUCUCCCCUUCCUGUCGCUGAACCCCACCCUAGUCAGCAACAUCAGUGGUCCCCCAGCCCCAAAUAAGAGCCAACCUCAUCCGGGGCUGAACCAGAGCCCACACUGCCAGUCCAAUGGCCAGAUGAGAUCCAGCUCAGGCAGCCUGGCAGAAUGUAAUGAUGGUAUGGAUCCCAACAGGAUCGCCAAUUCAGAGCAGACACUGAGCCCAGAGGAGAACCAGUCUCUGUGGUAUGAAUACGGCUGUGUUUGAUUCACCCGAAGCUUCCUGACGUGAUGAUCACAGCCCCUAAGAGCUGGAGAAUGAGAUCAUUGAUGAACAAACCUCUUUCCUGCAUGUAUUCAUCGCAGCACUAUCUUUUGAUUCGGUGCAUUAAGGUUAUUUUCUGUUUUUCAUGGUGCUGAAUGCUUUGGUUUUUCUCUUUUCUUUUACCCCGUUUUUGAGUUGGGACUUAAAAUUUUCCAUCCAAAGGCCUUUUCUGUUUUUUCCCUCUGCUGAAAUUGUAAUACUGCAAAUAUCCAGUUAUAUUUCCAGAUGUGAGGCCUGAAUUGGCUGAUACUUUGGGAAAGAUCCAUUUAGAUCAGCAAAACCUUUUUCUGUCACAAGUAACUGUCUCAGUUUGUCCUGUUCUAAACUCACCUCCCACUUUAUGGUAUUAUUUAAUCUAAAUGUUUUUUCAUGGUCUGUUGUUCUGCAUUGUUCACUAAGUUGCAUGGCUUUGUUCUGUCAGCCUGAUUUCAAACGUUGAUUUUGAUCUUGAGAAUCAAAAUGGAUUUUAAGCUUUUUUUUUUGUUUUGUUGCACGGUUUGUUUUGUGCAUUCAUUGUAUUUUCUUUUGGGGUUCUUUCUUGGUUUCAAUGUGUGCAUAUAUGUAAACUGGAGGCUUUAUCGGGUGGGUGUCUGAUUAUGGUGUGGUGGGCUCUAACUAACAUGUGGGGCUGGUGACAAAGGGAUGAAGUUCUUGCUUAAAAUGAUCUCUGGGAUGUCAUUAGUGGGACAAGUGAAAGUUGACAGUGAAGGUACCGGAUUGUUGGAACAUCUUGGUGAAAAUCAUUUUUCACUUUUCUGCAGAUUUUGAUAUAAUAUGGAUGAUAAAGGCUGCAAGUGUUGGAUUGUUUUAUCAAUGAAGGAUGUAUCAUUGUUUUUUUUUUUUUUGCUUUUUGAUUUUUUUGUUAUAUAUAUACUGCCCUUAUUUACCACAUUGCGGCCAUGUUUUGUAUAAAGUUGGUAAUUUAUAAUCAAAGACAAGCACUGCUUAUCGUGCCAAACUUAUUAAAACUUUGCAGUUAGAUUUUUUUAUUUAUUAGUUGCUAUUUAUGCCAAUGGCGAGUCGGUGCAUUUCUGAAGUUAUUGAAAGUCUUCUACGAGAUGUAACAAACAUUGCUUUUGUCCUACAGAUCUGGAGGGCAGAAAGUCUAAAAGCAGGAGCGGGGAGCCGCAGCAAAGCUGCUGAGCUCGGCCCCUGCCACCCUCGCCUGCCUGCUUCCAUGCUGCGAGCGCGUGGUGAGUGAGCAAUGAGAGAGUGGGAUGGAAAAAAUGGCCGGGAAGGGAGGGUGGGUCAGUUUUGUCACCAUGGAAACCCUACAACGUGGUCGUGUAACAGAUGUCUCCCAUCAUGCUGUGCACUGCUCCCCCUGCUUCACUCAGCUGUUCCCUGUAAGCCCCGCCCCCUUUCCCUUCUGCUCCUGCGGUGCCCAACUCCUCCCAGGUCCUGAUGGGACCCGGUCAGCUUGGCAUAUGGUCCAUUUUACUCCUCUGCCUGUUGUCUUCCUCACCAAGUGAAGCACAGUGUCCAUCCUCCAUGCUGUGUCCUGUGUUGGUGUAAAUGAUGGGACUCCUGGCUCUUUAUCAGGCUGCUUCUCACUGCUGCAUGGCUUUGCUGUAAUGCUGGAUCCUUCCCCUUUUGCAUGUAGACCCAGGCUGGCUGCUGCUUCUCUUUCUCCCCUUGUUGCAACCAUGUUUUAAUGCAGUAAAAAGUAUGUUUUGUUCUAUUUGACUGUAGAUUUUUCUUUUUUUUUUCUAACCAGUGAUCUUUCUUUUUUUCCAAUUCUUUGCACUCCUCUUUGCUUGUUUGGCACUCAGAGAAAGGCCUUGGAGCUGUGUGUCUGGAGCUUUGUAGAGCUAAGCUGCAGCCGUCUACAGUGAGAAAAGAUUGUUUGUCCCAGAUUCAACUUUUUAUUUAGGAGAUUCAGGACACUUUAGUGAAAAAAGUGGCUUCCUUCUCUGUUUUCUUUUUCCUUGAAUCAAGGAAGCUACAGUAAAGUAAAAAAUAUCGCUUUGACAUUUUACCCCUUAAAGACUGUGACAGAUUAUUCUGCCAUUUUAAACCAAUGUGGCAGAUCUCUAAUGUGCACUAGUCUGAUUGAAGUGCCAAUGUUAACACAACAGCCAAAAAGGAAAUCUCAACCCUGAUCCAGGACUCCUUCCCAGAUCUACGCAUCCUUCAAGCCUGAAGCCAUCACUACAUAGUUUAAACAGGAAGACCACAAAAACAAUGUGAAGCAUGUCUGCACAAAAAAAAGCUUCUGUUUUGGACUGAAGAAUCACAGUCUGCAUGGAGCAAUCAAUCAUUCCACUUUCUUUAUCCAAUCAAGGAGGAGGAUUGUGAAGUUUUGAAACACAGUGGGACAUAAAGCCAUGACACUUAAGGUUGUUUGAUUUGAGAGAAAGAGACUGAUCCCGGGAAUGUUCAGGUCACCUAGGAGACGGUUUGUGACCCGAAACACCUUUUUUCUCUUCUAAAAUCCUCCAUCGUAUACAGUUAACCCCUUGGUAAUCAGUCAUAGUUCCUCUCCUGCUCUAACGUACAGAAAUCACAAACUGCUCCAGUCUACCUGGGAUGGAGGUGACCUGCACACUACAUUUCUGUUGUGUUCAACAUGAUGGUGACAAUGAGACCCAAUGUUUUUUCUCCUUUUUCCACUUUUACAUGUCUCCAUUUGAUGUAAUUAAAAUUCAUCAAGACCACUGUUUAUGCCUCUUCAUUUAUGCAGCGCAGCGAUUGUAAGGAAUGUUUUAAUAACAUCGGAUUGUUGGUCCCAAACUUAUCAGACGUGCCCGAGUCGAGACUUCUGAGUCGAGCCAUAUGGUUUCUUAUCAUGCCAUCAAGUUCUCAUCAUUGGAUUUUUGAGUUUGAAAUCCUGAACUAAAAAAACUUUGGAGACCUU